AUGCCAAGCUCCUCUCUUUUUUCUUAUGUGAAAGAAAAUGGCUGAAGUGGGAGCUCUGCCAUAGAUGUGACUUUUUGUUACCUGUGAUCAAGCCUCACAGACUGCCUAAGCAUACAGACUUGCUCGAUGCAUUUCCUCAUUAGUUGUACAGUUUGAGAUUUUCUUUAGAGGCAAAAUUGCACCUGGCUGAAGGGUUCUGCUAACACAGGAAAAGGCUGAAUACCAUUUUGAACUAAGAACUGCUUACACUGCUUGAGAAAAGUGUUUAAUUUAAUCUCUUUCUUCAAAUAGCCUCAAAUUCCUACAUCACAGGCACCUCUUUUGGGGCUCUACCGUCAACAUACCCGUUAUGUGAGCCUGCUUCAGAGAGCUCCACAACAGCAGUAGCGGUACCUGCACCAGCUCGGCUCAUCCCAUGUGUUGUUUGCAGUGCCAUAGCAACCCAGGCCUGCUGAGAGUCAUGCAGCAGAGACCAGGAGUCUGCAGCCAGGCCCAGGAGUUCUGCAGCUUUCAUUUCUGAUCUGCGGGGAAGGAUUUCACCUUUGCAAAUGAAGUUGCCAUCCUGCAGAGAUGUGUGACGGCCCUUUGGUGCAUAGCUCCAGCAUGCAGUUGAAGAAGCUUACAACUGAGCCUCCACAUAUAACAGAAGAAGUGUUUGUAAGAAGACUACUUAGCCACAGAUGCUAUGCUUGUGGACUACUUCAAUGAAUUUUUGAGUCUUCCAACUUUUGCCCAGCCAGUUAAGUUUAACUCAGACUUCGGGGUUUUUGAAGUAGUUAAUGACACCCCACAACGCCUGGAACACCAGCUGAAAAAAAUUCUGCAUGAUCAGAAACCUCCAAAUCCCAUUUAUGAUGUUAUAAGAAAAGCAAAGAAUGAUGGGCAGCACUCCAAAAAGAUCAGUGAUUCUUCAGCCUUCAGUAUUGAUCCAAAUUACAACACUAUGCGUCUUGAUCGAGAACAAGCAGUACAGUGGAUUAAGAAAGAAAGACUUCCAGCUUUUCUAGAAAGUGACUGCUACUUUGAGUACAGGCUAGCUAAAUUGAUAUCACAGGUAGAAUGGAGCCAGACUGGCAUUAAUUUCAUUGUAGAUAGUAACUACUACCCCUGGAUAAGGAAGGAAGAUGCAAGUAAUCCCUCCCCUGAGGAGGAUGACACUUCAUUCACUAUGAAGAGGUUCUAUGUAUCACUUGGCCAGGCUACAAUUUCUCAGACAAUGGAUUGGUUUACAUUAGCAAAAGGAAGUGAAUCCAUGAAAACUACAGAUUCAUUUCUGCGUCCUGUAGCUUCUAUUCAAAUUCAAGAUAUUCAGCAUUUGCCUGGUCUGCCUGAAAGAGAAGGUUCAGUAAGUGAAAAAGCUAGCCUUCUAGAAGCAGGUUCCCUGUCUAAGGAGUAUGACCACUGCAGAUUCCUUUCCUCUUCAAGGACAGCAUCCGCAGAAGAUGGCAUUUUUAGGGAGAGAUCAAGAGAAGCUGAGGAAGGUUCUUCUAUGGCCAUUGCUGAACCUCCUUCCUACACUCGGCUAAGAGUUUAUCCAGACCAGAAUUUGGAGAGUGCAGCAAAAGAAGGAAGAGGACAGGAAAAUGCAGCUCUUCAGAUAGUGGAAGAAUUAGUACCAUCUAAUACUCAAUCUGUAACAAAGGAAUCAAUUUCGGAACUGAUGCAGCAGCCACCUGGUGAGAUUGAGAGUGAUGUGGAUUUCCCUAAACAGCCUAAUAUGUUUAUACAUGAGUUAUCAAAUAAUCAAUUUGCCUGUGGUACUGAAGAGCCGCUCUUUUCCCAAAGUUCUUCUCCAUUUACUGUCUUGGACUCCAUGGGAGAUAGAAGAGGACAAGAUGCUGAAGAAGUGAGCUUAAGAUCAAGCUCUGAAAGCAAUGGGGCAGAUAGUAGGGCUGCUUGGUGUAUUAACCACAGAACUUACGACACUGGCAACAGAAAUGAGUUUGAAAGAUUCAAGAAAUUCAUUCAAGGAACACUUGGUGAGAGGUAUUGGUGGCUCUGGAUGGAUAUUGAAAGACUAAAGGUUCUUAAGGACACUACAAGGCAGCAGAGGCAACUUGAUAAAAUGAAAAAACUCUACCUACUGAGCAGUGGAGACUAUUUCCUCACUUCUGAAGUGUUACUCAGACUUGAUUUACUACGCGGAGAUCAGUGGAAUACAAGGCAUUUAAGACAGAUUCAGCCUGAAGUAGUGAAACCUCUUCUUCUUUACUGGGGUCCCAGAUUCUGUGUCACUCAUUCAACAGCGAUAGAAACUGCCAGUGCAAAGCUGAAGUUCUGGCAUAUGUGCCAAGAGAGACCAAGGGUGGACACUGAUCCUUUUCCACAAAUGGUAUCAUUGCUGCCAUUGACAACUAAGUCUUGUAUGCCUAGGACACCACCUUCCCUUCCUCAGAAAAGUAAGACUAGCACACCAACAACUUUAUUGAAACUAGACACACUGGAUUUCUCUUUGAAGGGUUCGUCAAGGCUAUCAUCUGCCUUGUCAUCAAGACAAAGCCACCGAAGGGAUGACUUUCCUAGCAGUAGAAAUUGGCCAGAGUCAGUGAGCAGGGACAUGAUCCGUUGCUUAGCUUUGGAUGAUACUACAGAAAUGAAACACUUGGCUCAUAGAAGGUACACCUAUGCUGAGUUGCUCCCAGGGAAAAGUGCUGCUGGCAGUGUUGUCUUAAGAGGAUCAAGAAUGGAAAACAUGCUGCAGUCUCUUUAUCUGGAGAACAGAGCAGGCUACUACUUCACACACUUCUGUGAGAAGUCAGGGAAUAAGUUGUGGCAGAACAGUGUGUACUUUUGGUCUGACCUACAGGCUUAUCAUCAGCUUUUCUACCAAGAAACUCUUCAUCCCUUUAAAAUAUGCAAGCAAGCUCAAUUCCUUUAUGCAACAUACAUUGCCCCAUCUGCCAGUAUGGACAUUGGCCUUCAUCAGAGUAAGAAAAACAUGAUUUAUCAGAAAAUGGACCCAGCUUUUGAGGAUCUUUUUGACCCAGCAGAAGAACAUAUCCUCCUUCUUCUGCAAGAACCAUGGAUGAAGAUGGUGGAAGCAGACAAGUACACUUACGGAAAGGUGGAGUUGGUGGAAGAAACUCGACAGCUGGACUCUGUGUACUUUAGAAAACUCCAGGCUUUGCAUCAAGAAAGCGUUUCCAAGAAGAAUGAGAGUACUGUUGCUGACACUGAUCUACCAUCCUUCCCUGACGUUCUCAAAGAAGCUCAGCACUUGGGUCAAGCUUCCAAAAAACUGGCAGGUUCUGAUUUGUAUGACCUGAUCCACAACAAACAGAAGUUUGAACAGUUCUGGGUUUUUCUUAAUGAGCAUUCUGCUGGAAUGGAUCUCAUGUGCUGGCUAGAUAUUGAACAGUUCAGAAAGAUGCUCCACAGGGAUAAAGAAAAAAGGGAAGAAAAAUCCAAGGAAAUUAAAAACAAGUACCUGAACAAAAAAUAUUUCUUUGGACCCAACAGCCCAGCUACCAGAGAGCAACAAGAGCAGCUAAUGCAUUCAGGUGGAGGAUGGGGACAAAUCCUUCAUGAUCGGCUUCCUCCAGCGGUUCUGCUAGAAAUGCAGCAGUGGGUCCAGAAGAGAUUAGAAGAACAAUGGCUGCCAUUGUUCCUGGCAGAUGAGCAACAAGGGGCAGAGGAACAAGCAAAGGUAAGGGACAAAACUGAAGAUCUCCUAAGACAAAAACAGAAGACAACUAGGAUGUGGAAGCAUGUGGACAACAAGAGGGUUUCUUCAUCUAGUGAAAUAAUUGCUUUCCGCAAAGCGCUUUUGGAUCCAGUGACAGCAAAUCAGUUUCAACGCUUUGUGUCACUGGAAGGAGACCUACUGGAGAAUGGAGUGCUCUUUUGGCAAGAGGUACAGAAGUAUAAGGAUUUGUGCCAUUCUCAUUGUGAUGACGCCACAGUCCAGAAUAAGAUCACGACUAUUAUUGAUUGCUUUAUCAAUUCCACCGUACCCCCAGCUUUGCAGAUUGACAUCCCAACUGAACAAGCACAGAAGAUUUUGGAGCACAGGAAAGAACUAGGACCUUACAUUUUUAGAGAGGCACAGAUGACUAUUUUUGCUCUGCUGUUCAAAUUUUGGCCAAAAUUUUGUGAGUUUCGAAGCCGUUUGUCUAGUGACAAAAUUUUACUUGCCUUGGAGAGAAAAAAAGGAAAACGGAUGCAGAUGAAGGAAGGGAAAACGUUAGAGGAAAGGCUCACAAAGUUUCAGCGUAAAGAAGUGGCAAUCCGUGCUCUGGGACAUCUGGAACAUCGGACUGACAUGGAGAGAAGACUGUCAUCAUUUUCAGAUGGAUAUGAGUGGCAGGCUUCCUGGUCCUAUUCCAAGUACAUAGAAGCCUUGGAGCAGGAGAGAGUACUCCUUAAAAUGCAAGAAGAUCUGGAGAAAAAUUCAUCGUCAUUAUUUACAGGUACCUCAUCUAUGUCGUUCCCAAAGCCUGGAAACUCUGAAAACUCCACCAUUUCUCCAAAGAAUAGUGUGACUUUGGAGAAACACUGAGAUCUUCCCAAAGAAACAAAAAGCAGAUUAAAAUCCCCCUGAGGAAGGAAAUGCAGAGACAUUCAGCGCAGGUGGGCAAGAGAUACAAAACUAAUGUGUGUACAAGGUGUGUUCCUACUUCUGGAGCAAAAACAACAACUUGGAAUAUAAUUAAGAACCAUGAGGGUAGUCAAGGGUAGAAAAUAAACAUCUUCCACUUUAUUCCUUAUCAACAUGAUUGUGAUACUGACUCUUGUGUCAUUUAUUUGUUUAACAGUACACCUUGAGGCUCAAGUCAAUAAGAUUCCAUGAAGUGUGUGGAGUAAAAACAAUGAAUCUAGUCACAGUACUAAAGAUCUUAUAAUCAAGCCAAAAUUUUCAGUGCCUAAUCUAAUGAAAAAAUAAAACACCGCAUUAACUGACAGCUCUGAAGCAGUCUAUCUCAGCACACUGUUGUCUCAGUACUAUGAUUCAUACAACUUAUGUUCAUCAAGAAUAAUCCAUGAGGCGUCUGAACUAUCCUAAAAUCAAACCCUGUUGUAGUUUGCUCGUGGUCCCGUCUCAUUUCUGGUCCAAAGUACACUUCAGCCUCAUUUCUGACUCCUCAUCCACAUGAAAGACUUAAAGCACAUCAGGAUGCGGAUCCAACUGAUAACUUUUAUAAAAUGUCAUUCCUCCCAUGGUAGUACACACUGGAAGGUUUCGGGAAUUCAUAGCUCUUCUCAUAGUUCUCCCUUCUUUUUUACUUCUUUUAAAUCUUUAAGAGCUAUAAAAAUGCUGAGGUAGAGUUGAUGUUGGGGAGUUAGAAAGAGGCAGGGGCAGAAUUAAUUGGUAGGCAGGGACAGGACUUUUCAGACCACUUUAAACAUCAUUCACCAGCCACAAAGCCAUUGGCUCUACUCUUCUCUACAUGUGUCUAGUGCAUGUAAGAAAAAGUUAGAUCAGUGAGCUCCAGCUUGCUGAGUUGCCAACAGCUUAUCCCUCAGUUAGGGACGGGAUCGUCUUCUGCUCCUCUUCCCAGCCUCUUGGACAAGGAGAAGGAAUCUCUGUGAGUUGUCAGAAAUCAAGAGCCUUCACUUGGAGCUCUUAGAUCAUCCUGCUAAGGACAACUUAGGAAUGCUUUCCUCUUCAGUGUGGAGAGACAGCAUAAGUCCACUGAUAGUCUUUUUCACUCUUCAAGCACAGUGAUCUGGUAUUGUAUGGGAUUUCCAUCAGAAGUUUCUUUAGAGAGGCUGGCAGGGAAGGAGCAUGUGCAUUUUAUUUACAGCAGGGCUGUAGUUCCCCUGCCCACACAGCCUCAAAGAAGGAAUAAGGGAGAUCAUCAAUUUGGUUCCUACUUCCACACAGUUCAGAAACAGUUUGCUUCAUGCUUAUCUCUGUUCCUUCUGUGUAUGUAUUGUUUGCUUUUGUGAUGUUACCUGAGAAAGAAAUAUUGGGUGGAAGCUACAAGAAGGGAGUAAAAUGUAAAAUUCCUAUUUCUGUUUUUCAAGUUAUCCCAAAUUUCACAGAUGCACUGAACUUUAACGCUCAGUGCAUCUGAGGAGAGUGGAAUGCAGCAUCUUGCAGCGAGCAGAGCACAUGUGGUGCUGUGUGGGCUACCACUCAUUAAUGUGAAAGGCAAAGAAUCAUCAUGAAAUGCCACAAAUGCAGUGAUGUAUGUCAGUCUAAAAAACAUGUGAACAGCCACCUUCUGCUGCUGUGGUCAGUAGAGUGCAUGCAAUCAAAUGCUGGGGCAUGGCAGUCAGUUUCUGUUUUGUUGUAAUCUUGCCUUCAUGGCAUUUUGAGACAGUUAAAUAACAUGUAGAAAAUGCUGGUAGAUUUUACUUGAAUCAUACUCAGAUGACUUAUAAAAUUAAAAAUAUUAUCCUGAUAUUUGUCACAGAAUACAUAACUCCUUGUAUGUUUCCACCUUACAAAACUUUUAAUGAAAAUUUACCAAACCCCACUGCACAAACUGCUGUUCCAGAUGGUUACUAUGCUACACACCUAUGACUUAAAAACAAACAAAAUCAAAAACACGCUACGUACUUGAUGAGUAGAGCAGUACUUGAUGAGUGAUCAGAAUUUCAAAGUUCUGCAAACAAAUGAUAGCCUUCCAUCCAGUUUGCAGUUGUCUCCAUGUUAACUGAAAUAAAUACGCACGCGUACAUGUGUGUAUACAUUUAUAGACCAUUUCUUCAGUAUGCAACUGAGGAUGACCACAUCUGUUAGUAAUGCUAGAAAUAUAUGUCAUAGGAUGAUUCCCAUUUUAUUUUUAAAGAAAAAUAGAGUGAUUGAGCAGGGAAAUACUAAGAGACAGGGACUCUUUCAUUUCUGGAUUACCAAAUCUAAUCUCAUACAAAGGCAAAUACCCCAUUAUUGUUAUUCAGUGGUACAUCUGAAACAGAACGGUGCUUUUAGUAUCUUCUCCAGGUGUCAAGUAAUGAGUACUGCCACUGGCAGCAGACAGCCCAGGAACUGACCAGGUCUAGAGACAAACUAUAUGGCUUUGGUCUAAAGAAUCACUCCCUGUCACAUCAGAAAGCUCGCUUACACGGCUAUUGCCUUUUGGUCUUGUUCUCAAGAUACACUCCCUGUCAGGCUGCUGAUCCAUCACCAAAGUGAGCUCAGCAGUUUUAAAGGUCUAGAAAAGCUUCACUCAGUAAAACUAGCACCUCUCCCUUUAGAAAAAUAAAAAUGUAUUCCUUAUUUAGUUUAACUAUGUAUACUAUGGAAUUUUGGAAAUCUGCAGCACUGUAGGAGAACAACAGUUCUGUGCAAAACAGACAAUAAAAACAGCUAUAUUUUUAGAAACCUACAAAUGUAGAAAUUUUUCUGGAUGGUUUUGGUUUUAUGCUUUAGUGGAGUUCAAAAUACAGAACCUAAAUAAAUACAGAGUCUAAUCAGACUUUUGUUGUUUACUCCCAAGAAAUGCAGCAUAUUGGAACUAUUUUGCAAUUUUUUCAACCGUCAUUUGGAUUCAUAAAUAUUUACACUUAGAUGCUAUUACUGUGUAUUUCACUUCUCUCUCAUCAAACCUGGCAUGUUUAUUAAAAUAUUUUACAAUCUUUGCAUGCCAGACACAGCUUAGCAUAAAGGGUGCAGUCUUGAAACUGAUCACUGACUACUUCUGGUAUCAGCGUAAGUUGCGACUACUUGCUUAAGGGCCUCGAUACAUUUUGCUUUGAUUUCUGUCCUGCUACAGCAUGACACAAAGCAUCAGACUAUGAGAUGAAUUCCUGAAGACAUAUAGUGCUGGAUGAUGUUAUUGGCAUGCGUACUUACCAUACCUCUCAAGUGUGGUGGCAGUGGUGGUCUCCAGAGCAUCUAGAAAGGAGCAGAAUGCUUUCUCAUUUGUCUCUCUACAAUGCUGCUGUGCCAGUGCCUCCACAGCCCUCGUCAUCUUUUCUUUUUUGUGACUGUUUCUUAGGGUACUAUCAAUGGGAGCAGCCUAAGACACUGAGCUCUGUUUGUGCCUUUAGUCUCAUACAGCAUGAUAGACCUGGGGACAUUUUCUAUCUGUUUUCUAUCACUUGCACACUGUGAGAUGGCCAGCCUCAGCCUUCUAGUAUUCUAGUCAAAACUUGAGCUUUUUAGCUUUUUUUUUUUUUUUUUUUUUUUGGUAUGUAAAAAUGAUUGAAAACAGAUUAGGUGCUUCAAAGUUCUGUCCCAAAUUCAGAAAACAUAAUCUUUGUUAUUUAUGUUUCUAAUGUUAAAUACUAGGCCAAAAUGAUCACUGUGCAUAGUGCUAACAUAGCUGCAGCAAUCCAUCUUGAAUGUGACCUCUUUAAGCUGACCCAUUACAUUCAACUGAUGAUUUUUGUUUCUGCCUUUUUAUAGAAAUGCUUUUAGUCAGUCAUUGCGAAUCACACCUGAAUACAGCUAAGGUGGGGCUGUACGUUUCUUUUCUAAGCUUAUGGAACAUUGUUGGUUUAAAUACAUUCAGUAGUGGUUGUAAAAAUGUGAGGGAAAGACAGGUUUGAACAAAAAUUUUAGAUCUGGAUCUGUACUCACAGUUCAAGCCUACCUUUAAUGGCCUGAUUUAGAACAUUCCCAGGAUUUCAGAGAGUUAUAAUUCACAUCUGUGUUUCUAAGUCCUUCAUGCAUGAUUGUUUGAAUGUGCACUUUUGGAACAGAUCCAUGUCUAAUAGGCUAAACUGUACUUCCCAAAUCAGAAGCCACAUGGUAUUGCUAUAUAGUUUUUUUAUUUUUCCUUUUAUUACAUGGUCUUCUAACAAGGUUCUGUCAGUCCUGCACACUGGAUUAAUAGAAAACACUGAAAUCUACACUUUCUAUCUAGCUUCUAAUGAAACCAAACAUUUUGAUUCCUACUGGUGAUUUAAUAAAGCAUUUACACAAUGGCCACAGUGGAUACUUCUCCACCAAGUAAUAAUUUCUCAGAGUGUUAGGGCAGAUUGGAAUUAUGCGGGACCCAUUAAGCUGUCAUAAUAUGUUAAGGGUAGUCAAGGAAAUUGAUGAGAUUCUCUCAUUUUUAAUAUUCAUUUAACCAAGCUAACUUAUAUCUCAAGCGCAGGCUGCAUUUACUUGGAUUUUCCUGCAUUUCUCUAACUAAAUAAAUAUAUUUAAGUUUCAUGGUGACAUAUGUGAAAGUGUUGACAACAACAUUGCUUAUUCCACAUGUUAAUUAUGUAUUUGUUCAGUGUGCCGAUGAACUAUGUGCACUUCUCAUGUUAACUUUUCAAGCCAAAAGCAAAUGUAGUAAGUGGAUUUGUGCUUUUAAUUUGAGGUAUUUCUUUUCCCUCUCAAAUGAUCUCGUACACGAUUCCUCUGUACCAUAUGCGUUUGAAAAACUUUUAUUGGCAAGAAGUUUAAAAAGAAAGUAACGCGCUCUUCUCAGAAAAGGGAUUUUAACAAAGCAAAGCAAUUGUGCCAUUAAUGAGAAAGUUAAAUGAAACAAAUGACAAGACAAGAAAAAAAACACAGCAUCACACUCAAGGAAUGCACAGGCACACAAUAGCUUGUGCAAUAUUCCUCAUCUGUCAAAGCCAGUAAAUACAGAGAUUUCACUGGAAAUGUUCAUUAAAAUAGUCUGUGGUGCCCGUGGCUCGGUAAAUGGAACCAACCAGCUUCUAGCAUACUUUGUAUUUUUCACCUGUAGGCAAGCAAACAAGUUUCAUCCCAGCUGUAGACCAAAGUGAUCAGUGUUGGUUUUGUAAGCCCCUAAUCCUGACUGGUUUGAGUAGCACUCGUCCCUGAAAAAGCUAUUUUGGGAAUCAUAUCUGUCACAUCUCUACAGUAAUGUACACCACCAUUUUGAAUGUGUAUAUAUGUGUGUAGGUAUGUAUAUGUAUCUAAAAAAUCUCUACUUCAUAGAUUCGUGUGUUUGUAUGCAUGUAUAUACACUAUAUACAUAUAUGCAUAAAAUGACUGUACUUCAGUAAAUUAUUUUACUGUCAUAAUGACAUGGGACUGUACAUCAUCUUUUUCCUAAUAACAUUUUCCACUGUGUUGCUUCUGUAUAAUUUUUUGAAAAUGAAUGUCUUUUGUUUCAUCAAAAUGAUUUAUUUUGUACUUGCAUUACAGAGGAUGGAGUCCUUACGCUUUCUUUGUUGAGGCAUGUGGCUCUUUGCAGAGGUCUGCAUGGCUGCUGGGAAGAGAAAAGAAGUGCAUUUUUCAGGAGUUCUUUGGGCUGUAGAAAGCAUAUGAAAGAAAAAAUUAACUUUUCCUGUUUUUUUUUUUCUUUCAAACGAGAAAGUCGUAAUUAACAGCAUAUGUUGGGCCACUCACUAAAGACUGUGAUAAAUGAUUAGUAUUUUCAAGCUAAUGAGCUGAAUACUUGAUCUAAAAAUGACGAGUAUAUUUGUGUUCAUCUUCCAGUUAUAUCUUCCAGUUCAGAGAUCAUCCUAACUCCUGGCUGCUUGAUCCUGAAAUCUGCUUAAUAUCUUGAAAAAUAUUCUCUUAAUUUCAGUCUUCAGAAGUACUCAGCACCUGGCACUAGCAGGCCUUCAGGAAGCUCUCCAAAUGACAAAACCAAAAAAACCUUUUUUUUCCCCCUGAAAAAAAGAAGGAAACAGCAUUUUUUUUUUUGUCACUGCAGCUCCGCAUGAAAGUAUGUUCUGAAACAACGUGAAACACGAUCAAAACACAGAAAUACACAGGCUUAGUUGCGUUUGCCAAGACAGCAUAGUACUAAUCAUGGACGAUAUGCCGAGACACUAGUUAAGCAUUGGAAUAAACUACCCAGAGAGCUUUUGGUAUCCUUAUUGUCAUCAAAGGGGUCCUAAAAACAGAUAAGGUAUGCACAUCUGCCAGGAACAACUGAGUAUUUUCAGACGCAUGCUGGGGCAGAGGAAUGAGUAGAUGAACUCUUGAGGGACUUAUUUUCUCCAAAUCCAUACUCAGGUUGUUCUGAGCGCAAACGCUUAGCCUCUGCUCAGGAAUCUUACGACAGUCAAGGGCCAUGACACUUCAUUUGCUCUGCACCCGAAACUCCCACUGAAGCCAAUUAUUCAAUCUAAUUUAACAAAGACCACAGCUUCUCUGGCAGUGCAAUUGUUGGUAACCAUCAACAAACUGAUUCAUCUACAAUUGGGCCAAAUGUUACAAAAUCUGUUUCUGAGUUCUUGUUUGUACCCCCUUCAUAAGAUUACACCAAAAUUAAAGCAUGCAGUACUUGAACUAACUUCAAAGGCUGAGCUUGCACUUCUAGCUAGUUCAGCCUUUUUAUUGGUUCAUGUUUUCCAUUUGGCUUCAACAUCCUGUUCUUUACUGAUGCCCUUCUAGAAUUUCAUUUACAAAUAUUACGUCCUUGGUUAGUGAGCCAUGCUAAUUAAUACUGCGGUGGAGGCUAUGGAUUAUAGUAAUCUCAUGCCUCCUGCUUGGAAAAAUGCUGCAAUUUUUCCACCCAUUUACAUGUAAAGCCAUACUGAAUAUGGCCAUUUGGUCUUCGGAAAAUUUAUCCUAAACUUAUUUAAUCAGAAUAUGUUAAACUAAGCUCGUUUAUGCUGUUAUCUAUUGUCAGUUUUGUUAAUAACGAAGCUCAAAAAUUUCAGUGCAGUAGAAACCUGAGAUCUACAAUUUCCUAAUUAGAUUAUUUCAAAACAAAACAGUAAAGCUGAAACAGACUGGUUUCAGCGUGCGUAUUUUUAAAAAUGUAUGUCAAUAACAAGUUUGUUAAAAAAACACCAACAGAUGAUUCACAGCUUUCUGUAUACUGUACACUUCUGACUGAACCUCACCUUUCAAACCUGGGACAACAACCCAACCUGGAUUUUAGCUCCGCUGGGGAUUUUGUAGCCAGAGACUUCCUGACAGCUGCCCUUCUCAAAGAUUGCCAAGGUUCUGACUGUUAAAAAUGACCUAUUUUAUUUACGGUACCAUCUGACAUCAAAUAAAGACUAUGGAGCCUUAACACAACAUAGCAAUCCUAAGCUGACAGGUUCUUCCAACACCAGCGUAAACAAAAGCAAUGUCAUUUUUUUAGGAAGAGGCGGUAUCUUUUAUUAGACCUGGUGAUGUAAGUGGAAACAGCAGACAAGCUCUCAGGCUCACGAUUCAUUCAUCAGGUCAUAAAUAGGUCAACAAAUACAUCAAUUUGGGGUGCUUGUGAUUUUAUUUUUGUUUUCGAUCACGUUCAUGAACUCUCUUUUCAUAAAUGGAUGGUAUUUCCUUGAUGUGACUGCAGCAUGGUGAUAUAAGGCAAACGAUGAGGCGGACAACAGAGAUGCCCCCUUGUCCUUCUAGAUUGUCACUGCAGACCCCAAAGGGAAAAUCUGCCGACAUCCUGUAACAUUUACCAUGCCAUUACCUCAACAAGAAUUAAAAACCGACUCAAAUGAGAUGUUUAUAAACCUAUGAGAAAAAGAUUUAAAAACUUGCUACAGGAAAUGACUGCAGAAGUGGCACUUGAAGCAUGACCAUGGCCAGUCUUUUUUGGCAGAACGAGAACAUUUUGGGGUGUCCUUCUCUCAAGGUGCAGUCCCUAACCUGUGCCAGGUCUCCCUGUGGGACAUUGCUCCUCUGCUGGCACACAGAGCUAAGGCUGCCUGGGGUAAGCAUGUGAAUCUAACCAAAGGAAGCCAAGGUAGCACCCAGUGGAGAGCAGGUGUGGUCUGCUAUCUGAAGGAGGCUUUCCCCCUUCACAGCCACUACUUUACACCCAUCGAUUAGUUGGUCUAUAGUUUUCUGUCAGGAUUAAUUCCUCAAACAGAACGAUAGCUUCACAAACAGAAGUAGUUGGUAACUUUCUGCUCUCCUAGAGGUCUGAUGAUCGCUGUUCAGGAUUAGGGAAAAUAAAAGUCAACCAAAGAUUCAGCCAAACCCUAUCAAAGUAUGAAGAACACUGCUUGUUUCAGUAGCUUUGCUCUACUGAAAGGUACAUAUGCAUCUUCUGCUUAAUUACUGCAAAACAUCUAUAAUGAAGGAGGGCAGUAAUGGCACAUGCACCAAGUGCUUGCAUGUACGGCCCCACUGGGGUUGCUAGGCAGGCCACUGCUUUCGUACAAUAACAUUCCCAUAUUGUAGAUGAUGAUGUGAAACAAAACCAUGUUACAGUACGUCAACUGAACUGUGCUUUGGAAAGGAACAUGACAAGCUAAGCUUGCCCUUUGUCUUUAUGCUGUGGUCCUUGCUUUCAUUUCCAGAAGGAGGAACUCUGCUCCCGUACUGCUCUUCCCUGGGCUGAACCCAGGCUCAUGGCAUCUACCUUAGGGGCUGCCAUUUGCUGAAGUGGGCUGCAGAAACUGCAACAAUGAUGUGCCACAAUUUCAUAUUUCACUGGUUAAACAGAAAAUUGGAAAUUUGUCCAUUAAGGUGGUUUAAUUCCACAGGUUCCUGCCUGGGAAAAGGAAGAUAAGGAACUAAGAUACCUUAGAAUAAGACAUCUCUCAGCAAAUACAGAGUGAAGAAACAGAAUAAAAGCAUUGGUUUUGAUGACUUUGUUCCCUUUGUAGACAAGCUAGAAAACAUUUAAAACCCCAAAGGGGAAAAAGAAAAAAAACAACCCUUGCAUCAGUCAAAGGGGUUUGAGCAAGGAACAGGGACUGGAAGGAGCUGUCUCUGUGGGUGUGUUUUUCUUAAUUUUUUCUAAGAAAGCAAAUUAUAAUGUAGCAUGUUUUUGGCAAGUUAGUUUGCCCAAGCUAUGCUUUUAGGUAAAAAUGAUACAAGAAAAAUAAAGAGGAAAAGAAAAAUAAAGAGGAAAAGAAAAAGAAAGAGGAAAAAAGAGAAAGAAAGAGAAUAAGGAAAAGAGAACGAAGAAAAGAGAACUAUCAUGUGAAUGCUAAUGUCUAUGCUGUGGAUCGUGGUGUGUUUUCUAGUUUUUAGGCAUGAAUGCAGAUGUUAGCUGCGACUUGAUGGCAGGCUGGGAACUGGGAAACAGCAGAAUCUCUUUUUAAAAAAUAGAACUUGAUGGUACCAAACGCAAAGCCCUUCAUGUAAUUGUAUCACUAUAUAUCUAUAUAAAAUUACCAAAAUCGGUCUCUUUAUGGCUUGGACUAAGCUUAAGAAAUGGCUUAUUUGAGAUUUUUCUACUUCAGAAACAUGCACAGAAUCAACAAAGGCUUAUGAAAUCCCUGUCUCCUCCAUUUAUUCUGACUUGAACUUUUGCUUUUUUUUCCCUCCUUUGUUUAUAAUGCCCUUUUGGAAGCCUGAAAAUAUUUUUCCCCUGCUAAUUUUGAAUUUUUCCAUUUAGGAAUAAUUGAUUCACCCUUAAUUUUUGUACAGCUGCCAUUCCAAUUUUAUUCAAUAUCUUCUUGUGCCACAGUAUCUCUGUUUGUUUCAACACUGCUAUUGACUGAUGUCAACACAGCUGUAGCAAAAGAGUAUUUAAAAAGUUAAUUUCUGGCACAGGAACAGGAGGAGGAGCACAAAUGCAUGCAUUUUCAUAUGUGGCACAUCACUACCAGCCAGCAUUAUUUAGUUUCUUUUCUUUCUUUUGAGAUAGAGAGGUAGAUAUCAUAAUAAACUCUUUAGGAAUGCGGCUGGCUCAGGGAAUUGCUGAUGUCCCAUGUGAUCUUUUUCCAGCAGAUUUUUGGUUCUAAUUUGAUCCAGAUUAUGAGUAUCUAAAGACUCUGUGGCAUAUACAAAAUCACUUGACAGUCACAGUCCUGUUCCUAGUCGGCUCCAGGCCACACCACAGAAAGCACAAUCUGAAGUAUCACAGCUGGCACUCUUUGUGGAAAAGACAAGGAUUCACUGCCUAAAUUUUCUCUCAGUGGUAAGCCUUAUUUAAAAUUUCAAUUUGUCAUAAGCAAGAAAUGAUUUAGCAAUAACGCCUGCUUUCCUCAAAAAUGAUCUCCUUCAAGGACACCAUGAGAAAGCAGAUGAGGAGGUUGCAGGUGCUACAGAAGUUUGGGGAAGAAAGAGCACUGUAGCCUCUGUUUUGGUAACUGCAGCACUUUUGGAACAAACAGUCCUAAUACUCAUGAACAAGAACCAACAGGAACAGGUGCCAGAAACCUCAUGGACUGCGUGGACUGGGAAGGAGAUGACUGCUGUCCUCUUGUGUGGUGUAUGCCUGAGUGUUUUCACAAGGUUUAUUUGCUUUGAUGCAGUUGGAUGCAUGGAGUCAGCGCAGGUCUGGAAAGGCACUCAGCCUUAGAACUCCAGAAACUGGAGUGACUGGGAACAACUCUUGAGUGCUGACUUAGUGGAGCUGUUUACUUCUGCCCGCUGUCCAUGGCUCUUCCCCCAGUGUAUCCUGUACCCAUAUUUGCACAGUCCUGAGCUGCCCUUUAUACAGAACAAUAAGGAGUUGGCUCUAUAUUCCACAGUAAUGACGUCAAAGAAUAAUAACAAUUAGCACUUCAUUUAGCAUCUCAGCUAUAACACAAAGAUGUCUAGCCAGCACUAUCUCAGGCACAUGGGGAAACUGGUCACACAGAAAAGAAUUUAAUGACCUGGCCAGCCAUGAAGUAAGCUAUUACAAAGAGUCAUCAGAUUUCCUUAUACGCAGACCUAGGUCCGUCUACCCAAACAUUGUCUCACGAAGACUGUCAUUGAGAGAAAAAUUCCUCAUAUGUAAUUUAUAAUCAUUGCAGCCUCAAAGCUUGCUAUGCUUUUGUUCCAAUAAAAGUUUCAUCCUC